UGCUGCUUUGUGAUGAAACAUCAAGUUUGUAAUAAAAGAUAAAAACAGAGAAUUUCUGAACAAAGUAAUGUGGAUAAAGUUCUUCACAGAUCAGUUUAAGAAGAAUCUAGUGAGUACAGGAAAUGAACAAACACAUUAGUUCCUUUUUUAACUCACUUCUGACAGCAAAUGAAAAGACUUCCUUUUAUGAAACCAAACUGAUCGACUGUUGAACUAUUUUUUAUCUAUAAAUAUAAUGAUGACAAUAAAUAUAUGUUUGUGUUUGUUUACAUUUUCAGUCUUAAAAAACUGAAUUUUAUAGUGUUUUUAACCUGUGAUGCUUCCUUUAGUUUGAAUGACAUCACUUAAAAAUGACACUAAUAUUAUUGAGUGGGCGGAGCCAAGACUUUCUUCUUAAACAUCGUCAAAGAGGAAAUGAACAUUUACUUACAGAAAGAGAUCAGCAAAGACAGAAUGACUCUAUGUCUGGAAUUAUUCAUUAUUUUCAUGCUUCUGUCUGGAGGAAUCAGUAUAAAAACUGAACAUCUCUAUAAAAGAGUUGGAGAAGAUGUUUCUUUCCAUUGUGGUGUUGAUAGAUCCUCUAACCAAUGCUCUGAUGUUCAAUGGUUGUACAACAGAGAUGGACAGUCAGGGACUAUAAACAAAGCAAAAACUCCAGAAAACAGUCCAAUUCAAGCUUCCAGACUGAGUGUGAGCAGAAACUGUUCUCUGACCAUCAGAAACAUCAAUGAUGAAGAUGCUGGUCGAUACAACUGUCGGAUUGGAAAUAAUGAUGCCCUUGUGUAUCUUAAUAUUUUGAACAUUUCUUCAUCAGAUGUUGAUGGAAGAGUGGACCUAACAUGCUCUAUGAAGAGUUUUUAUGAUUAUUUCUGUGAACAGAACAGCUUCAUCUGGAUGGAUGAGACCAGAACUGAACUGUCUGAUAAAAACUCUGAGUUUGAGGUUAAAAAACAAACAAACUGUGAUUCUGUUCUGACUGUCAAACAUCAGAGUAAAAACAUCCAAAGAUUCACCUGCCAGAUUGUGGAGGACAAGAAAGUGAAGAUAGAAGCUGUCUAUGUUCUUACAGGCAAAGGUGGACAAACUGAACAUCUCUAUCACAGAGUUGGAGAUGACGUCGCUUUACAUUGUAGAGAUAAAUCCUCCUCUUCCUCAUGCUCUGAUGUUAACUGGCUGUACCAGAAAGAUCCAAAUGCACAAUUUAGAACAGAAGUACAGAAUGGAAAAGUUGUCCAGAGUUCAGCUGGAGUUUCCAGACUGAGUGUGAGCAGUAACUGCUCUCUGUUCAUCAGAAACAUCACUGAUGAAGAUGUUGGUGGAUACAUCUGUCAGCUCAAGAACAAGAAUGAUGCUCAUCUGGUUCUUAAUGCUUUGAGCAUUUCUUCAGAUCCACCAGAAGUUCAUCCAAGAGAAAAUGGAAGUUUCACAUUACUGUGUUCACUGAAUAGAUAUGAUAAAAGAAUUCCCUGUAAAGAGAACAGCAUCAUCUGGAGGGAUGAGAGAGGAUCUCAUCUGAUUGGUGAAGGUGUUUGGUUUGAGUUUAGAGGACAAACAAACUGUGUUUCUGUUCUGACUGUGAAACAUCAGAGUGGAAACAACAAAAGAUUCACCUGCAGGUUUUUAGAGGACAACAAAGUGAAGAUAAAGGCUGUAUACAGUCUAAACGUUUCAGAUCCUACUCAGAGCAACCCUGUCAUCAACCCUGCCAUCAACCCUGUCGUCAUCAUUGGAGCUGUGGUCGGUGUGGUGUUGGUGCUGCUGGUCAUCUUCGCUGUUCUUCUCUUCAGAACCAAGAGAGCCAAAACCACCAAAGAUCAUAACGGAGGAAAAGAAUUUCAAAUGCCAACAUAUCAAAAUAAUGAGCCAGAUAGUGGGCCGGAGAGUGAACUGACUUAUGCUGCGGUCAACCAUUCCAGAUCAAAGGCUACCUCCAAGAUUACAAUAAAGGAGGAAGAAGGUGAGGUGACCUAUUCUACCGUUAAAAGGAAUUGAGGGAUGCCCGAGGUCUCCGCAGCGAUGGCCUUUCAGCAGGACGUCUGUCCAGCUGGUGAUGAGGAUGCGGACAGCCCAUCUGUUUACAGUUUCUUUUACUGUUUUUCAAACAACAUACAGAACCAAAAACUUAAUUAAUUAACAGUUUUAUUACUUUUUCUAACUGUGUCUUGUUCCUUAUCAUGUUGUUUUAUCAGUUUUCUAAUAUCAAACCAUUCCCAAAUUCAUUGAGUUCUUAAAACAAUAAUGUGUGCAAAUAUGUUUCCGAUAAAGGCUUAAGAAUGUUACAUUAUAUAAUAUAACAACUUAAAAUAACAACAUCUUUAUCCAGUCAUGUCUUUAAGUCUUGCUAAGUGGACGUGGAAAUCAACCGCCAAAUUAGUAUAUUAAUGUACAUAUAUUAAUACAUAAAAAAACAAUUAUUAUUGGUCUCUAAGUCUGUAAAGUAAAAUGUGAAUAAUUUUUAUUUAAUUGUUUGUUUAAAGGCAAAAUAUUUAUGUAGCCUUAAAAGCUAUGUCCAUUUAAUUUAUAUAUAUUUUUUUAUUCAGUCGUUUCUUUUCUUUGUUUCUAACACAACAAUUUAAAAUAGUAAUUUACCAAAAAAAAAUGGUCAGCUAUAGUGAUAAAUCUGUCCCUUCCAUGUUCUUCUUCCCCUUUCGGGUCAUCCCAUUUGGAGAUGCCACAGUGAAACCAACACUCAACGUUUCUCAGCAGGGAUUUGGCACCAAGUCUUUUUUCUUAUGUUAAACUAAGUAAUUUUACCACAAAUAUAUUUAUAAAUGUAUUCUAAAAAGCAUUGUCAAACAAACGUUUCAAAAGAGCAAAAAUCUCCCUGGUAUGAUUACACAAAAAAAAGAAGAACAGAAAACAUGACUAAACCACCAUGAGAAGGUUAAAAAAGAGAGACAGACAACCCACUCUGCUGGAUGCUGUGCUGCCUCCAUGUGGUCUGAUAGGAAAACCACAAGUUCAAAAAGUCUAUUACUGUAAGCAGACUCUCCUUCAAGGAACAAAUUAAAAUUAGGGAAGCAAAGAAUUUUAUUAAUGUACGUAUAUAUUGUAUAAGUGGUAUUUUUUUUUUUUUAUGUUUUUUUUUUUUUGCUUAAAAGACCUAACAAGCAAUGAUAUUUAUGGAAAUCAGUCUGCAAAGUAAAACAUUUUAUUUUAUCUAAAUGCCAAAUAUCCAUUUGAAUUAGAAAAAUAAUAAAGUACCGUUUUGAUGCAUGUAACCUAAGUAUGUAAUAUAUACAUUUAUCUUAUUAUGGCUUAUAUACAAGCUGUCAGAAAGCACAAAUACUUCUGUAAUAAUUUCUUCAUUAAUAAAAAAAAAAUCA